GGCUGCUCCUUUGUUGUUGCCGUCGUCCUUUUGUGAGAGGCCAGUCGGCUAGUUGAUGUAUCCCUCCGUCCGUGUGUCGGUCUGUCUGUCCGUCCGCCCCGGAGCCUGUCUGCUGGCCGUGCUCCGCGCCCACCUGCUCCGUGUGCUUCGGGUGGCCGAGCCCUAGGCCUGCCCGGCCCCGCGCGGUGUCCCCGGGAGGAGUGUGACAGGCUGUGUGGGGCGCGGCGAUGGGGCGUGCACGCGGCCUGGGUUGCGGAACUCCUGAGCUUGCCUGGCCCCGACCUCCGCGGGGCGCCAGACCCGUGUGACCGUGCAGCCGGGAGUACACGUGCAAGGCUGCGGGGGUACCCUACAGGCCGCUCUCCCUGAGCAAGACUCGCUCUCUGGGCCUGGCCUGGGGCCCAGGAGGCUGCAGAGGUGCCCACGCCUCCGGGGGACGCUGCCAAGGCCCGCCAUGGAGACUCCUGCCCCGAAUCCCCAGGAGACAGCUCUGUCCUCACAGGACCUUGCUCCCCCUCUCAAAGGGAAUCCAGAGAAUAAAUUGGGCCAGGGUCUCCUGGAAGCCAGAUCUGAGGAAUCGGUGACCUUCAAGGAUGUGGCCGUAGACUUCACCCAGGAGGAGUGGGGCCAGCUGGACUCUCCGCAGAGGGCCCUGUACCGUGACGUGAUGCUGGAAAACUACCAGAACCUUCUCGCCCUGGCAGGGCCUCUGGUCUGCAAGCCGGACGUGAUCUCUCAUCUGGAACGAGGCGAAGAGCCAUGGCAAGUGCCCAGGGAAGUCCCCGGAGGGGAGCCAGAAUGGGAGCCCAGGCCUGAGGUGAAGGAGGAGCUGGGUCAGCAGUGGGGCCUCUACAAAGAAGAGCCAUCCCAGGAGUCGGUUGCGGAGGGGCUGGCGAGGUCCAGUCUCCACAGCCUUGGUCCAGGCACCGGGUGGGCCUGGGAGGGCCCCGUGACUGCUCUGUCACGAGGCGAGGCCGUGCUCUGGAGGCACACGCCUGGUGGCUGUGGGGAGGUUCCCACGGAGGAGCGGUGGCAGGAACACGAGGCUUCAGCGGAGGCUUUUUCCCUCAGGUGCACCCUCUUGGCCCCGCAGAGCGAAGGAACUCUCAUUCCUGCAGAGGGGGAGCCUCCUGGCAGACACGCCAAGAAUUUCCAGUCCAGCGAGGCUGUAACCCAGCAGCCGAGAACGUGCGUAGGGAGAGAUGGUGGCGAGUCCAGUGAACAGGGACAGCCUCCACCCGCCAACCAGUGUCGGGGUGCCGGCCCUGGGGAGGGCCUGUUUGUGUGUGGCCAGUGUGGGAAGGCCUUCCGCCAGAGCUCGUCCCUCGCCCUGCACCAGCGGUGGCACGCCCGGGAGAAGGCCUACCGGUGCAACGAGUGCGGCAAGGCCUUCACCUGGAGGACCAACCUCGUCGAGCACCAGAGGAUCCACACGGGGGAGAAGCCCUUCCUCUGCGGCGAGUGCGGGAAGGCCUUCAGCUGCCACUCGUCUCUGAACGUGCACCACCGGAUUCACACCGGCGAGCGGCCCUACAAGUGCAACUCCUGCGAGAAGGCCUUCAGCUGCAGCUCGCUGCUGAACAUGCACCUCCGGGUCCACACCGGGGAGAAGCCCUACAAAUGCAGCGAGUGCGGGAAGGCCUUCAACCAGAGGACGCACCUGACACGGCACCACAGGAUCCACACCGGAGAGAAGCCGUACAAGUGUGACGAGUGCGGGAAGGCCUUCACUUGCCACUCGUCCCUGACCGUGCACGAGAAAAUCCACAAUGGAGACAAGCCAUUUAAAUGCAACGACUGUGCAAAGGCCUUCAAUAACCGUUCACGCCUCACCCUCCACCAGAGGAUUCACACCGGAGAGAAGCCCUUCAAGUGCGGCGACUGUGGGAAGGGCUUCAGCUGCCACUCCUACCUGGUGGUGCACCAGCGGAUCCACAGCGGGGAGAAGCCCUUCAAGUGCAAUGAGUGCGGGAAGGCCUUCAGCUCCCACUCCUACCUCAUCGUGCACCAGCGGAUCCACACAGGGGAGAAGCCCUUCGACUGCAGUCGGUGCUGGAAGGCCUUCAGCUGCCACUCCUCCCUCAUCGUGCACCAGCGGAUUCACACUGGAGAGAAGCCCUAUAAAUGCAGCCAAUGCGGCAAAGCGUUCAGCCAGAAUCACUGUCUCAUCAAACACCAGAAAAUCCACUCUGGGGAGAAGUCAUUUAAAUGUAAUGAAUGUGGCGAAAUGUUCAGCUGGAGCGCCCACCUCACCGAACACCAGAGGACGCACAGGGAGGAGAAGCCCUUUGCCCUCCAGUUCAACAAGCAUUUGCUGGGCACGUACUAUGUCCCCAGCAGCGUGAUGGGUGUGAGCGGCAUGGACCCCAUAAACUCACUGGAUGUGGCUGAGCUCCUCUGUGUGGUUCCGCCCUCAGCCAGCAGGAGCUUCCCCCUGGGCAGCAAACCUGGAGAUUAACACUGUGUACUUGUCAUCUGGCUUCUGCAGGGUGACUGGGGAGAGCACUGGUUCGUAGGUACUUGCUGCAACAGACACCCUCUUAACAGUGGUCGUCCCCUCCCCAGGAAGGGACCCACUGCAGGGGAGUAGCGUUGAGGGCCAGCUGAGGACGUCCCAUGGUCCUGUCUCCUUUGACGGGUUCGUAAGUCACUGACCAGGUGACUAGAUCUGUGCUGCAGGUGAAAAGAUAUGUCAGUUAUUGCCUCCUCAGACAGGCUCCUGGCAUGAUCUCCAUCAGGAAUUCCAUCUGGGAACUGGUGUGUUUAGAAUAACACGAAGGAGUAUUAAAAACCAGAGUUAUGAAUGGUAUUCCCUCCAAGCAAAUGUUACCAUGUUCCUGGAGGGGAGAGUAACCUUGGCUGAUUGGAGUUUGGGAAACAGUGGAUUUCCUGGACUCACCUAAGUGGCUCUACUACAGGGUCAUUUGUUAGAGGUGCCACCGAUGUCACAGAAGCACAGACUGGCAUCAGAGUAGCCAGGUCCUGACACGCAGGCAUCACGCCUGGCCACCUGGUCUGCGGUGGAAGGUUGUGAGCGCACAGGCAGGGCCUGGUGCGUGCAGGGAAGGUGGGCGCAGUGUCGGGUGAGGUGUGUCUAGGAGCGUAGCUUCACCCAAGCUGGGGCUGCCUGGAGGGUCUCCCCACGCACCAUGUAGCUCGGCUCAUCUGCCCCCACAAGGGUGAAGCGCCUCCACAGAGACCACCCCUGCUCCCUGCGGGGCAGGAAGAUGGUGUUCACCUGGAAUCCUCGUUAUUUCUCCUCAGUCUAAGCAAGUCCAAGAUGCCUUCUCAGUGAUAAUACUUUGCAUUUGUAUAGAGCACUAUAGUUUAUGAGAUGCUUUUUAGUAUACUUUUCAAAUUAUGGAGGCAAAAUAACCACGUUUCAGAAAAUGUGGAAUAAAGGAGAGAAAACCUCCGUAAUUCUUAAUAAAACUGCAUUUUGCACUUUGAUACUUAUUUCUGCUUUUUUUCAUGUUGCAUUUUUACAUCACUUUAAACAUAGUAGGUAAUACCACUUUAAUCUUUUUUCCCCACUCAGCUGCAUAGAAGGACUUUUCUACGUGACUGCCUUGUCUUUGGAGGCUGCCUCUGUGUGGGAGCAGUUUUCUAUCAGAUGCUCUUCGCUGGAUGUUGAGGUUUAUUUCCAUGUGUUCUGCUGGUAUAAAUCAUUCUUCAUGGAGCAUCUUUGCAUUAUACUUCGUUAGCAUUUUCCUAGAGUCGGUUUCUAGAAGUGGAAAUUUCAAGAUAAAGGAAAUGAAUUGCAUAAGGAAUCAUCUCAGGACGUUGGCUGCAUGUUUGCAGAGCGAUGCCGUUCCGUUGUGAAGAAACCGAUCCACGGUGCUGGCCGGGUGGGGCGCCCCUGCUCGCCCACCCCCGGCCGCAGGCACCGUCCGAAGCUGAGUGUCCAGGCGGCCUUUGCUCAGGGCGUGGGGACGACACAGCAGUGAUCCCGGGCCUCUGCCACUCUGUCGCCUUCCUCCAGGGUGUCUGCGGGCUGGCCUGCCAUUCUGCGGUCCCUGGGGCCACAUCACGUCAGGCACGGGCCCUUCCAUGCACCUGUGUGGGCUGGGCACGCACAGUUUCUCUUCGCGGCUGCAUUUUUUAUGUACAAAGGUUUUCAAACUCUGUUUAAUAAGAUCUACUUUAAUAAGAUUUUUUUUUUAAGAUUUUACUUUAUUUAUCUUUAGUGGAGAAGGGAAGGAGAGAGGGAGAGAAAUAUCAAUGUGUGGUUGCCUCUCGUGUGUCCCCUGCUGGGAACUGGUCUGCACCCAGGCAUGUGCCCUGACUGGGAAUUGAACCUCAGUUUGGUUCACAAGCCUGCACUCAAUCCACUGAGCUACACCAGCCAGGGCUGAUUUUUUUUCAUUUAUAUUUUUCUUCUGCUCUUAGAAAGCCUCUUCCUUAAGUCCUUUUUUGGUUCCAUAUUUUAUAUUUAACUCUUAAAUCCUCCAUCUGUUCGGGAUGUGAAGCUGGAGGUCCCUGCAUCAUUCCUGAAUUGCCUUCCUCACCAUUCGCAGACCAGCCUUUUCUGUCACUGUAGCUCCAUGAUUCCCUUUACUACGUAGUCGGCCCGGGACCACUUUUUUAAUCGUUUUUUUUUAAGUUGUAUCUGUUUUUCCAGGUGAACCAGGAAUCACUUUCUCAGAACUUCUUCAUUCCCCUGCAUAUCUCAGUGGGAUUUUGAUUAGAAUUGACUAGUUCUUGAAAAAUUAAGUUCCUUAUAAUAUUGUCUUCACAUCAAAAAAUGUGGUAAAUAACUGUUCAUUCAAAUCUACCUCUAACCAUCAGAAAAGUUUUACAGCUUUCUUCAUAGAUGUCUUAUAUUUAAUCUUAAGUUCAUUCUGGUUUUGUGGGGUUUGAACAUUGGGUCUUCCUGUUAGAAGAUGUACCAGACCCAUGUCGACUGUGCGUGUCUUCUCGUGUGCGUGUUUUGUGCCCAGUGACAUUGCUGAGUUGUUCUAAGGUCUCUAACAGCUUCUCAGUGUUUUCUGGGUAAACAGUCAUAGCAGCUGGAAAUAAAAAGCUUGCCUCUCCUUUCCAUAUUGAUGCCUUCUAUUUCAUUUUGGGGGGGUAGGUCAAACCAUUUUACUGGGGACCUUCCAGGGAGGGUGGAAGGGCUGGGAGGCUGGAUCUGAUAUCCUCUGCCCAGCCGGGAUCUCGCCUCCCCAGCUUGCAAGCCGCUGAAAAAGCUACUUCAUUUACUUUAUUAUUUUAAAGGUUUUGCUUUAUUUAUUUUUACACAGAGGGGAAGGGAGGGAGAAAGAGAGGGAAAGAAACAUCAAUGUGUGGUUGCCUCUCAUGUGUCCCCUACUGGGGACCUGGCCUGUAACCCAGGCAUGUGCCCUGACUGAGAAUCAAACCAGUAACCCUUUGGUUCCCAGGUCGGCGCUCCAUCCACUGAGCCACACACCGGCCAGGGCCACUAUUUCAUUAGCUUGUUAAAACCCACACUGGCCAACACUUACAGAGCAUCACUCUGUUGCUGGCAGUGGUCAUCUGUGGCGGAUGUGUGUCCAUCUCCAAACACUUUGGCCCCGAGGCUCAGUCGUAGCUGGGUGGCCACACAGCCCCCUUCUGACCCAUGAAACUCCAGCGGAGGCCGGCCAGAAACUUUAAAGCAGUCUUUGCUUUCCUGAGGGGAAAACUGUUCCUUCCUCCCCUCUUCUCCUUCCUGUCUGGAACUUGGAUGCAAUGCCCAGAGGUGUAGCAGCCAUCUUGCAACCGCGAGAAAACGGAGGACAAAAGCCACACAUAGUGAAGUGGAAAAACAAGGCUCCUAGGCCUUGGAUGAAAUUUUGGAGCCACUGUUACAGCCACCAACAGUCAACUCCCUGAGUUCUUGCCGUUGUGAGGAAAAUAAACAGCAUAAGUCCAUGGGGCACUCCUCACGGGGGUUUCACGCCUCACGGCCACAGCCUCUGGGACUUCAUUCCGACUUCGAGGGAGACCAAGCUAGUGUUUCGCGGUCAGGAAAAUGCCAGCCGUCACCGUAACUGAUUGUUCGUCACAUUCACAAACUAUCUCUAUAGGCCUUGUUUGCUAAGGCUUUAAAAAAUCAGGAUUUGAUGCUGAAUUUGACCAAACGCCUUCCCGGGAUACCUCAGAAAUGGUUAUGUGGGUUUCCUUCCUCGUUAUAGAAACAGAGUUGGACGUGUAAAGGGAUUUUCUAACAUACUAUCUUUGUGUUAUUGGAAUAAACCCCAUUUAGCAACUGUG